GGUUCGGCGGCGGCAGUGUCGGCGCGACGCCGGCCCGACCCGACGGCCCCGCCCGCGCCCAGCGCCCAUGUCGCUGUUUUUCAAGUUCAGGAGCAACAGGACGGGAGCCGGCGCGGGAGCCGCGCCGUGCGGCAUGGAGGCCGGCGUCGCGGCCGCGCCCGCCCGCCGCGCGCCGCCGCCCGAGCGCUCCCCGGCUCGCUCCGGCCUGCACGUCAACUUCAGCGACAAGGGCGAGGUGAAGGAGCGGCGUGAGAAGUUCCUGACGGCCAAAUAUGGCUCCCACCAGAUGGCGCUGAUCCGCAAGCGGCUCGCCGUCGAGAUGUGGCUCUACGACGAGCUACAGAAGCUCUACGAUGUGCCGAAGGAGGCGGCGGCGGCGGCGGGCGCCGCGGAGGUGGAGGUGGACGUGGACGAGCUCCUCGACAUGGACUCGGACGAGCUGCGGCGCGCGCACCUCCAGACGCUAUUAGCGGAUGCCAAAAAGCCCCAAAAAGAUGUACAUAAUUUCAUCAACGAAUUGCUAGAUAAAGCGAAAACUCUUUAGGCUAAGAGAACGGAACCAAAUCUCAUCUCGCUGUUGCCGCACGCC